AUUAUCGGGAACCCAUGUAGCAGAUAGGACACACACCCCGUGUCACUUCACUUCCAACGCAGUAUUUUCUUACAAAAAGACUUCUCUUUUCUCCUUCUAACCUCAAGAGCACUCCAAGACCUCAGAGAUGGGAAGUGCUGUUGCGUAGAAGCCAUGGGAACUUGUUCUUCGGCACAGAAGAGGACAGAUUCCACUGUAAAAGCGUCAAAUGGUGUGUCUUUUAAGGCCAAGGAGGUUUUCAUCUCAUCUCCUAUAAAGGAGAAGGCUUUGAAUGAGGAAAACUCAGAGUUUGGAAGCAAAGAAGAGAAAUUCUUCGACUCUAAACUCUGGCUGGACACUGACGGCGAAGAUGAAUUUCUUAGUGUAAAUGGAGAUUUCACUCCAUCUCGCUGCAGUACACCCAACCAUGAAUCAAUCAAGCUGAUGACUCCAAAGAGAUCCACAUCCUUGGAAAAUUUCCCCAGACCAAAACCUGAGACUUCUUCUACGGGCAGAAAGAAACUUGCUGAGCUCCUUCGUGAAACCUCACAAGGAGAGAAACACAGUAUUGGUGAACUUCAAACUGAGGCUAAUGGCUAUCAAAACAGUAAUCUGAAAGUAGGUAGAAGUUCUGCAUAUGGAUCUGGAGAUGGGACGGCUGUGACGUGCUGCUUACCAAGCUUGCUUCAAACUAAUGGCUUCAAUGAGAAGAGAAAGAUGAACCCUUUGCACUGCUGUGCUUGAUAAUGUGUUUACUUAGCUUUUUUUGUAUUGAGUUUGUUUAUGAUAACAAAAAUUAUGUAAUUUGUUUGAUUAUAUGGCAAAACAAACACUUUAUGCUUUA